ACUUCGACCGUCAACCACCGCCGUCACUCAGUCGUUCUUCGGACUUCGCCUGCUGUUGACGGCCUCGAACAAUGUGAAUAUCGCGUAACUGUUCGCAUCAGUGACCAUCAUGUAUAAGAAAAUAUUCUUCAUUGUUCUUAUAACGUUCAUAGUUUUUAAUACUGCCGAUACGAGGAAAACUAGGAAGACCAAACGGACGAAAAGUGACGAGGACUCUACUCCUCAACCUAAUGUGGUUACAUAUUCAACGUUCGGAUUUAAUGAUGUCGGGAAUUACGAUGGAUUUGUGCCUAGUUCGCCAGACUACACCAGCUACAUGAGCAACUACAAUCAAGAUUCAUCUAAGAGGUUGUAUGCUCCAGCCUUUCCUACGGCUCAAGAUGUUACAGGAUUUAAUAGUCAGUCACAGAACAACCAACCCUACAAUACGGCAGACGAUAGCAAUCCCCAGGCGAGUACAUUGCACUUUUCUCAAAUGAGUUUAUACCCUCAGCCAAAUUUUGACAGUGAAUCUCAAAUUCAAAGUUUUGCUUCUGAACAAGUUCAGUUUGCACCAAACCAAGGCGAUUCAAGCAAUCCUAUUUAUGGAGCAAAAUUAAGUUCUAGAAGCCGAAAUAAACUUAAUUUUUCUGAUUACUCUGUGUUUAGCAACGUAUCUCCUAAUACAAGUGAAGGAACAUUUUCAACAUCAUUUGAAGUGAAGACCACACACGAAAGUAAGCCACAACAGUCCUACGGUGAGCAACAUAAGAAUUAUCAAAAUAGUUACAAAUAUCCGCCAACGUAUGCACCAACGGCUACUGACAAUUUUAAAACAACUCAAAGUUCUUUAAAUUUUCCUAGAGUAGUAGACUUUACUAAAUUCAAACAGUAUUAUCCUACUGACCUUGAAAAUAAGUUUUCGACUGGUACAAUAAAUCCGACAAAUCCGUACGAUUCUUUACCUAGAGACCAAAGUGAGAACUCUUAUUCCAAUUUUGAUGAUCUUGAUAUCAAACUUACAACUUCGUCAUCAGCUUUCAAAGAUCCUUUCAAAAAAGAUAUUGAACCAGUCACUGAAAAGGAAUAUUUGAAACCAAACAAUUUAGAAUCGGAAUAUUCCCAAAAUUAUUUCGGCUAUCAAAACAAAAAUCCAUUUAGAGACUCUAAAGGAAACAUCGAUUAUAAAGAUAAAUUUAAGUACAAUCCAUGGACUUUCGUUAAUUAUACGAACGACUUUAAAAAUUGGAAAAAUCCAAUAAAAGGUUAUCAAUACGCUACGAAUUACAGUAACAUGAACUUUGCGUUUGACCUUAGUGGUUCUAAAAAUUUUCCGGGUGCUGAAGAAAUUGACCCCAAAAAGACAAUGAAUAAUGAUGAAGUCAUACCAGCCAGUAGCAAUGUAGUAGACUUGGCUAGCUAUCAAUUCCCUGAAACAGAUUACUCCUCAUUCAAGAAGGUACCUGGUUAUAAAGGGGAAGAAUAUACUGAUCUAUUCGAAGCAUUGAAGCCGCAAGGCUAUAAAUAUGAUCCUGUAGAAUAUGUUAGAAAUUUGUACGGUACUAACUUGCCUAAAACUACAACUCAGUGGGGAAAUGUUUACAAAACUUCUGAAUACUCACCUUAUAAACAGCGCGGGAAGAAACCUCAGUUUGGAGAAGAAUAUGCUGAUGAAGUAGUUCAUAUACCACGAAGACCUUAUGGUAAUAAAUAUAACUUUGGGAAAUAUUCAGAGGCUAAACCGAAUGAAUGGGCUUCUUACGGUAGACCAUACAAGUCGAAGAAACCACAAAAUGAAUGGGCGAAUGAAUAUUCAACAAAAUUUAAGUCCGAAGAAGACUUAUUAGGGCUUAGGACUCACGAUACCUCGAACCCUUCAUAUUUACCGUCGUAUAGACCUUUUACGAACGACCUGUCCAGUGAUUAUGAUUAUAAGAAGUUGGUUGAUAAAUGGCGACAAUCAUACAUGAAGGCAAAAUACAAGAACGCUGGUCUUCACGAUUUUGAAAGUUUUGCCUCCGAACAAAAACCUAUGCAUGUACCCAUACCGAAACCUUACGCGAUCGAAAUACCUCAUCCGGUAAUAGUGCCGGUACCUCAACCGUACCCAGUGAGGGUGCCCAUACCAAAACCCGUCGCCGUGCCGGUUAUUCGGGAAUUGACCGUACAGGUGGAAAAACCCGUGCCGUACCCUGUUGUCAAAAAGGUUCCCUACCCGAUCGAAAAACUCGUACCAGUGCCCGUUGAAAAAGAGGUUCCUGUCCCGGUUGUAAAGCCGUAUCCGGUGUCUAUCCCGCAAAUCAGGCCCGUGUUCCACCACACUAGACCGCGAGAAGAAGACCCCAUCGAUGACGAAGAUGACGAUUACCUACCCCGUCCGGAGACCAGCAAGAAGGUGCCUUAUGCUAAGAGACCUAGAGGCCGAUCUCGUAUACGCCCUCGUCGACUCUCUCGUCCUACCUAUUCCGACCGUAAUAGACGAAGGUGGCCUGCCCGUAAACCAGAGCCUACUUUUAAACCCAAAUACGCCACGAGAUUGCCCAAAGACUUCCACACCCAGCCCUUCAGAUACCACGAGGAUGACGUCUUCGAUCAUGAUCAUACCGAUUACAUCAUUUAUUGCAAGAGAACUGGUAACUGUUGAUAGAGAUUUAUGCUUUAUUAGAUAAUGCAUAAAAUGUUUUAGUUAUAAGCUUAAUUUAAAAAUCUUUUCUAUUGUUCCGUCUAGC